UCAUACGUUAUUGCCUUGCUCAAUAAGUCAGUGUGCUCUGCGAUCUCCAUCUAUACUCUCCUCUUUCCUCAUUCCCCUUUCACCAUCUGCAAAACCGUCCGAUUUCUCUGCAAAUCCCUCUAUCUCUCUCUCCACAGCAUACGAAAAUGGAGGACCUCGGUCUCAACGCCCCUCAUUCCAUGGGAACCACCAUUAUUGGUGUCACUUACAAGGACGGUGUUAUCCUCGGCGCCGAUUCUCGUACUAGCACAGGUGUUUAUGUUGCGAAUCGUGCAUCGGACAAGAUAACUCAAUUGACUGAUAAUGUUUAUGUUUGCCGUUCUGGAUCGGCUGCAGACUCUCAGAUAGUAUCUGAUUAUGUACGAUAUUUUCUUCAUCAGCACACGAUACAGUUGGGACAGCCUGCUACUGUCAAAGUUGCUGCGAAUCUUGUCAGACUACUAGCGUAUGGCAAUAAGGAUACACUACAAACAGGCAUGAUUGUCGGAGGUUGGGAUAAAUAUGAAGGGGGUAAAAUAUAUGGAAUUCCACUUGGUGGGACAAUCAUAGAACAGCCUUUUUCCAUUGGAGGAUCUGGCUCCUCAUAUUUGUAUGGAUUUCUUGAUCAAGCAUGGAAAGACGGAAUGUCCAAGGAUGAAGCUGAGGAAUUAGUGAAGAAAGCAGUCUCCCUUGCUAUUGCUCGAGAUGGCGCCAGUGGUGGUGUUGUUCGAACUGUCAUAAUCAACGAAGAGGGAGUGACCAGAAAUUUCUACCCAGGUGACCAACUUCCACUGUGGCAUGAAGAAUUGGAGCCACAGAAUUCGUUGUUGGAUAUUUGGGGUGCUGCUGCUGCAAGCCCCGUGCCAAUGACCGAAUAGAUUUAACUUGUUAAGGGCUUGCUUUGAACAACGUUUAGAUCCUUCCCCAGGCAACCACAUAUGUGUUGCACACCAUUGUACCUUAUAUUUUCUAUCUUGGAUUAUUUGGUUUAGCUUAUGUUGCAGCAUUUGUGAUCCCUACAAAUUCAUGAUAUAUUACAUUGUUGUAUGGUAGUUUGAUGAAAGUCCCUCUGGAAUUAAUGCAGCGAAUAUGAUGUUUUAUUAGACUCCAUCACUGGGCAAAUUGUCAGCAUUUGCUUUCAGCUUGUACCAGGUUGUGUUAUGAAUCUUAUGAGGUCGUUUCUGUUUU